ACCACCAUCUCGCCUUACCCACCUGGGCCCGAGCAAUGGCCCGGUGUGCUGCGCAACAUUGUCCCCAACUCCUUCUACGAGGCCUCCCUCCAAGCCUGGGUCCCCAUCGUCUUCAGCAUCGUCUACUACAUUGUGGCUCACGGCGCCAAUCAUGCCUUCUUCUUUAGCCAGAAGUCCAAGGACCUCACUAAGGCCAACUCGCCCUUGGCAGCCCUGCUCCGCUGGGGCAUUGUGGCGCACAAUGCCUUCCUCGCCGUCUACUCCGGCUGGACCUUCUACCACGUCGUUCCUGUCGUCAUGCGCUUCUUCUACGUCGGCGCUCGCGCUGCGGGACUGGACGGUGUCAAGCUUUCGCUCUGUUCUAUGCCGACCAACACGGUCACGCUUGCCCCGUAUGCGUGGUUGUUCUACAUCUCAAAGUACUACGAGGUGGUCGACUCGAUUAUUUUGGUGCUCAAGGGCAAAAAGGUGUCCAACUUGCAGUCCUACCACCACGCUGGUGCGCUCCUUGCUAUGUGGAUCGCAUACAGGUACCAGAGCCAGGCGGUCUGGGUCUUUGUAGCCUUCAACUCGGGCGUGCACACGGCCAUGUACUCUUACUACUUCUGCUCGACGAUGAAGCUGCCCUUCCCCCGCACGCUCAAGCGCAACCUCACUACGCUUCAGAUCGCCCAAAUCACCUCCGGCGUCGUCCUCACCAACCUCUACUGGAUCACCAAGCUCGACCCCACGCGCGUCGCCGCUGGUCUCGUCAAGCUGGGUUUCCGCAGCUCCACCGGCUCUGCCUCUGCCUCCGAUGCUUCCUGGGCCGCAGGCUCCGAGCUCCUCACCCUGGCCACGGCCCGAGCGGCCAAAGUCGGCCGUCACUCCGACCAAUGCCUCGAGUCCAGCGGAGCCUCCCUCGCCUUGCACUUCAAUACCGCCUACCUCGUCCCACUCGUGGUCCUCUUCGCUCGCUUCUUCGUGCGCAGCUACCUU